GCGAUGGGACCAAGAUGACCGACACCGAAAGGAACGGGGCUCAGUGGGGUCAAGGGGUGGGUAUCGGAGGGGCCGGGAGUGGCCCAGGGGGCUGAGCUUCAAGGAAGAGGGGCAGGACAGAGAGGGAACUGAGGGAGACAGGGACACAAAGGGUCUUUGCACCUUGCACACCUGCAGGCCAAGGUCCGGUCAGUCGGAGGCCCAAGAGUGUGCCCUAAAGUGGUCUUUUUAAGGCCGAACCGCCGCAGAGAAGGAAUGAACAAAGCUGGAGAGACCCGCACUAUCCUUGAGAUGUUUCUAGGGUGGGAAAAGAGGAUCAACGCUGUAAGAAACAGGCCAGUGUGGCUCCACCUGCACAGACAACUGAAAAUGUUUCAAACAGAUGAAGAAAUAAUCUCAAGGAGUGUCGUACUAGGAGAGCUAACAGGGAAGCGCUGAUUCUAGAGAGACAGGAGCAAAGCUGGACUCUGGAGGACGGGGCCUGCCUACACAAUGCUGGAGCAGGGGAAGGUAUGCUAGGCACAGCUGGUGUCACAGCAGGCCACAUCUGCUUGGAGGAAAGCUGCUGGGGACAAUGCUCUAAGUGCUGACCUUGCACCUGUUAUCAGGAACAAGGUGAGUGACCAUGGGAGGAGACACAGCAGGUAGUGUCCUCAGUAGGAGAGAGGAGCAAAUUGUCCAAAGGAAGCUGUGCCAAGGCCUGGCAAAGGGUGUCAGGGCUGGAAAAGAGGGUGAAGAUGGGAGCAGAGAAAAGGGGGAAGGGCCAAGGCUGAUGGGGACCCAUCCCCUCCUGGCCCACCUCAGCCCCACUGACUCACUCCCCAGGAGCAGUCCUCCCAAGCUCCUUCAAGGUAUGGUUCUCCUGAGUGUCCCAGGGUUCAAACCUGUGACAUUCAGGGUCAUCUGAGAGAGAGGCACCUACUCCCUAUGGGCGGAUAUGACCAAGGUUAAACCCAAGGCUAGGCCAGACCUGCCUGCUCCUGUUCCUCCGGGUGUGGCCUAGAGCAGGUGUUAGAUAAUGGGGCAACCACAGCAGAGGGGCUGCAACGCUGGCAGAAACUGGUCCCUGACCAAUACUAACCUCUCUACUUGCACCAUCCUCAGGGAGCAUUCUAGGAGCAGCUGCUGGCACUCCAGGCCCAGCCUUCUGCCCCUCAGCCCCAGAUCUGCCCCGGGAGCCCAGCCAGGGCCAUGGUCUAGGAAACCCCACCACCACCACCACCGCCCCCAGAGGGAACACACAGCCAAGAGCAGAAAUCCCUGCCAGUUGUCCCCUGCACAGAGCCACUGUCAGAGAAGCAGCCUGGCAAAGGUUUAAAUGAGGAAAGAGAAGUACAGGGUGGUGAAAAGUCUAGCCAAACCAUGCAGGAGAGGGCAGAGCCCUGGCUUCCUAAAGCCUGUGACCCCACAAGCCAGGAGUCUUUGCCCCUCCUGGCCUGCCUUUACCUUUCUGAGCCCUGCUGCAUCGCCCACAGACCACCUGUGUGGACACCAGCAAGGCUUCCAGGACUGAAAGGGAAAAGUCAGGGAUUCUCCUCAGCAUCUUCCCUGUGGGGUCACUGUAGCCUCCACCUCUCUCAAGGUGGUCACUGCCUCUCUUAAGGUGGCCCUCCCUACCCUACUCUUCCCAGGCUUCCUGGAGUCUGUGACUACCAUUGGGGUUUCCUAUACUCCACUCCCACCUUUGUAAAUUAUGCCCUUGUUAAACCCUCCUCAGACUGCCUUAACUGGAGUAUGCCUUGUUUCCUACUGGGACCCAAACUUGUACAACCACCCACCCUGGAUUUCUUGGGAUUCCCGGGUUGCAGUAAUCUACCCCACCACUCCACAAGCAGUCCUGGCUUCAGAUGUGGAGGCAUGGGCUGACUGAUAUGUCUCCACAGCCCCCUCCUACCUCAGGUCCUAGCCAAAUGUAAGGCCAGUCUCUGCAGGUCUUUGGUCUGCUCCAGCCCACUGGCUGGCCUUCCAGGAUUCCAAGUUCAAGUGACUCAGGCCAGAGACUCAUUCCCUUAGGGCACCCCUCCUUUAUGACUUCACCCACUGAAGUCACCUGGGAGACAAUGCCCACUGUUCCACCCCAGAGUAUGGGCCUCUAGGAGGCAGGGACAGCAGGCCCGGCCAGCCCAGAGGACUCUCUGUCCACAGUGUAAAUGAGGACGCCACUUGCCCAUGUCUCGCAGGGAUGUAGAGGGCAGCCUCAGAGGCACUGGGUGCUCCUGGCACCAUGGAUGAUGCUGCCAUCCUCAAGCGACGAGGCUACAUCAUGGGGAUAAAUUUGGGAGAGGGCUCAUAUGCAAAAGUCAAAUCUGCUUACUCUGAGCGACUGAAGUUCAACGUGGCAGUCAAGAUUAUUGACCGCAAGAAAGCCCCCACAGACUUUUUGGAGAAAUUCCUUCCCCGGGAAAUUGAAAUUCUGGCCAUGCUAAACCACCACUCCAUUGUCAAGACCUACGAGAUCUUUGAGACAUCAGACGGCAAGGUCUACAUUGUCAUGGAGCUCGGCGUCCAAGGUGACCUUCUCGAGUUCAUCAAAACCCGGGGAGCCCUGCACGAGGAUGAUGCUCGCAAGAAAUUCCACCAGCUCUCCUUGGCCAUCAAGUACUGCCAUGACCUGGACAUUGUCCACCGAGACCUCAAGUGCGAGAACCUUCUCCUAGACAAGGACUUCAACAUCAAGCUGUCUGAUUUCGGAUUCUCCAAGCGCUGCCUACGGGACGACAGUGGCCGACUGACACUGAGCAAGACCUUCUGUGGGUCUGCGGCGUACGCGGCACCUGAGGUGCUGCAGGGCAUCCCCUACCAGCCCAAGGUCUAUGACAUCUGGAGCCUGGGCGUGAUCCUCUAUAUCAUGGUCUGCGGCUCCAUGCCUUAUGAUGACUCCAACAUCAAGAAGAUGCUGCGCAUUCAGAAGGAGCACCGUGUCAACUUCCCGCGCUCCAAACACCUGACGGGAGAAUGCAAGGACCUCAUUUAUCGCAUGCUACAGCCGGACGUCAACCGGCGAUUGCACAUCGACGAGAUCCUCAGCCACUGCUGGGUGCAACCUAAGGCCCGGGGCCUGUCCUCUGCAGCCAUCAACAAGGAGGGGGAGAGCUCCCAGGGCACUGAACCCUUGAGUAUCCCUGAGUCUGGCUCUGCCAAGAAGUCUGCCACCAACCUGGAGCCCCAAGAGGAGGCACAGCCUGAGGCAAGGUUCGAGUCAAAACCCGAGGAGGAGACACUGCAAAGGCAGGUGUCCAAGCAGCUGGAGACCACAGCUGAGCAGCUGAGCAGUGAGACAGUGGAAGAGCCCCCUCCACAGCUUUCAGAGACAUACACCUAGUAGACCUCUCCCAUGGCCCAUGGGCCCUGCAGGGAAUGAGGCAGAGCUCAUAGCUUCCAGUCUGAGCUCCAAAAAAGCCAAGGGAUGAGUCAGAGAAGGAAAAAAGACCCCAAUGAGUCACUAUUUUCGUCAGUUUCUUUUCCCUCCCAUUCAACUAGGCAACCCCCAUUGCUAAAGAAGCAAUAAAUCACUAUAUUAUUGCAAA